GUCAGACGAUAGCACUAGACGUUGUUGAAUCAACUUGUGUUGUCAAUUCCUACACUGUGGUUGACGCUCCCCAAACUCCAGUGCACAACACCCCGUGUCCGCUGCAUUGGGUUUGCAACAAGGGCAAUUUCCUUUUAAUCGUCCGGUGCAAAAAUUCCUUUGAGAGACCUCGGUUGUUAAGUCCAAGGGUUAUACUUGGUUGUUCUUUACUCUACUGGUACGGAAUAAAACAGAAUAAUUGAACGCGACUGGAAGUAGACAGCAACGAUGUGCUGACUGUAGUCAUCGCCAGACCCCUGCUUUCUGUUUGUCUGAUUUUAAUGUUGCUUUGUACCGUAUCAACAGUAUUAAUUCAAUUUUCAGCAUGAUGACAGAAAGCAAACCGAAGCUGUACUGUGCCUGGUUCUGUCCAUUUGCACACAGAGCAUGGAUCUCAAUGUUAGCAAAAAAAAUUGAUUUUGAUUACGUAGAGCAGGAUCCUUACAACAAGUCUGCUGAGUGGCUAGCCAUAAACCCUCGUGGAUUAAUACCAUGCAUCGUUCACAAUGGCAAGUCAAUCUAUGAGAGCCAUAUUUGCAUUGAAUACGUUGACGAGGCCUGGCCUAACGCACCAAGGCUACUGUCCCGAGAACCUUAUCAGAGAGCUAAGGCACGAAUGUGGGGAGAUUUUAUCAUAAAGAAGCUUAUUCCACCAUAUUACAAAUUCCUUAUGAAGCAGUCUCGGGAAGAGCAAAAUGAAUACCGAGAAAUAUUUUUAGAAAACAUAUUGGAAUUUUCUCAGGCAAUGGAUCAGUCAGGCCCCUUUUUUCAAGGAAAGGAACUUGGAUAUGUUGACAUCAUGUUUGCCCCAUGGGCUUCAAGGAUGUACAUUCUGGAACAUUACCGUGGCUUUAAAAUUCCACAGACUGAAGAAUACAGCAGAUAUAAUGUAUGGGCAGAAGCAGUAAUAAAUCACCCUUCAGUAAAAGCAGUUCAGGCAAAUAAAGAUAAGGUUUUGGCAAAUGCUAGGCCUUAUGCUGAGGGUAAUGCCAAAUCUGAGCUUGCAGAUGCUGUUCGCAAAGGGUCAACAAUUCCUUAGAAAUCCAUUCAAAGAGUAAUAGGAGGAUGUUUUCUUGGUUGGGUGGUGAUGUGUCACAACAAAUAGUGUAAUUUUGGACUGAGAAAAAGAAAAUGUUUAAUUAUAUGUACCAACAGGAAUGGGUGUUAAAGAAAACACUUAUUACUACGAUCAGCAAUUUAAUGUUACUGAAAAUACUUUGCCAGUCCUGUAAUCGUGGCUGUCAGCUUUAACUUUGUAUGUGUCAUACUCUCAUCCCAGCAUAGUUCACAUAUUGUUAGUUGCUUAGAAUAGGAAUUAGGUAGAGUAACAAAUUCAUCUGGUACAUUUUUUGACUUUUUUAAGACCUGUGUAUUCUGUGUUAAACUUCUACAAUAUUUUCUGUGGGACAUUCUCAAACCACUCAUAGCUAAAGAAGAAAGUACUCUAGAACAUAAACCACAAAAUUUAUUGAACAUUUAUUUUUGUUUGCUAUACAUGUAAGUUUUGGCAUGUGUAAGGUCUAACUUUUGAAAUUCUGAAAUGUGAAGUUAUCUUCAGAUUGUGGAGUUGAGAUUUAACCUUUCAACUCCCAAAAGUGAUUAACAAGUAACUUCUACUAACAAUAUCCAGUGCGCUAUCCAGCAAACAGAUAAUGUUAAUACUCAAAUGUAUUGGGUAGAAGUUGUUAUCUUUAUCUAACUCCAAAUUUUUGCAACCUAUUUCCAAGAAAAUGUGUAGAAGUUAGAGCGGAGAAUUAACAAUCAGAUCUUGGGAGUUAAAGGGUUAAUACAGUGUAAUCUGUCUUGACUGUGAUCAACACAAAAAUGAGGCAAGCUCUCUAGUUUUAAGACAA